GCCUUCAUCGAACCAUGUGUGGAUGUUACUGGGUCCUGUGUUCGGUAUCCUCACAAUCACCACUCUGGUUCUGAUUUUUGCUAUGAAGGACAUAGUGGAAAGUUCCUACUCCAAGGAUCAACAAGCAAAUAAAGUUGUCAUAAACCACGCCAAGGCGGUUUGGACGCAGCUGGUACUGGCCAUGGUCACGUGGACAUUCAGUUUUCUGUCUCUGAAAAUGGUUGGCGCCAUCUUGCAAUAUCUCUUCGCCAUUUUCAGCACACUUCAGGGAAGUUUCUUCGCCAUGUUUUAUUGUGUCCUAAAUGAAGAGGUAUGGAGACCAUCGUACUCUAAUCCUACUCAGACCUGUUUUACUGCCCUAUAUUUUAUCCUUCUUGUCUUGCCCUUGCUUUAAUGAAAUUCAGUCAGAUUCAAUUUGCAGUGGCCUUUGAAAUCGGCCCUUAAAGCGCGCGGGGGAAGGCGGUUCG